UAUUCAGCCAUUAGGCUAUUAGGCCUGAGUUAGUUUCAAGGCCAGUGGUAUGCGAACGGUUUAUUGAAUCCGUACAAAACUUUGGUUAGCCUACUUUUCAGCUUAGGUCUAGGGUAGUCCCCAGCAACACUUUAAGUUAUAAACUUACACUUGUUCCAUCUUUUUUUUUGCUAAUUUGUAAAUACCCUUGGCAUAAAAUUCUUUAGGUUGAUAUCGAAACCACUUUUGCACCUGACUUUUAUCUCUUCAUUGGACCGAAAAUGUAACUCUCGUAAGUUAAACCAUGUUUAAGGGGUCCAAACACAUAUAGGGGUAGAAUCUGUUCUUAGGAAGAGGAAGGUAACUACACAAUGAGGUUCUAGAGGCCUAGACCACACAAGGGUGGAGUACUCUCUCCUCUUCUCUGGAACGUUUUUGUGGACGACUUAAUUAGAUCUCUCAGUGACAGUGGUGUAUUCGUUCAAGGAUACGCUGAUGACAUUGUGAUACUGGUUAUGGGUAAAUCCAACAACACGGUCUACGACCUCAUGAACACAGCUUUGAGGUCAGUUAGACAGUGGUGCACAGUGGUAGGCCUUUCUAUCAACCCCUCCAAAGUGGCGGUUAUUCCCUGCACCAAGAGGCACGAACUGAAUGGCAUAGGACCUCUGAGACUACAAGACACAGUGCUUGAAAUGCAGAAUUAGGAUUCCAUGUCUCAAAAUUGUGUUGGAUAUCAUUGGCUCCAAUUCCAUUUCAAGGGAGAAAAACAAAAUCAGUUUGAUUAAGUGGUGUCACAGCACGAUAAAGUGUUACAAUCUUAUUUGUGAUGAAUAAAGAAAACGAAAAGAGUGUAUUACCCUCCACUUCAGUUUCAUCGUCUCCCAGCUCGGGAAAGCUCACAGAUCACGGGGAUGAAUCGGAGUCUGAGGACAGCCUCUCUGUUCCGGCUAGUUUGAUUGGUGCUGAAAACUACCUAACAUUGACUGAGGGAAAGCUUCAUUCCCUGACAAAAGACGAAUUGACAGAAGCAGCAUGCGAAUGCAAGAAGCUGAUAUUAGACAGCGCCGUGUGUUCUAACGAACGAAAGUGGUUGGUGAGAAGACUGAUUGAACUUAGGUACCAGUUGUUGACAGUUGAAGAGGCCAAAGAGGUAACAGAACCGGUGGCCACCGAACCAGCCAAGUCCAGGAUAGUUUUAGGCCAUCACUUGGAGUUGAGAUAUCACCGGACAUCCACAACAAAACGUUACUGUGAUACAUGCUGCAGCGCGAUAUGGAAUAUUUUGCAGUGUUGGUAUCAGUGCUCAGACUGCAGAUACAGAUGCCACGACAAAUGUGUUGAACAGAUUGUUAGGCCUUGUCCCCAACUUGUGGCCUCAGAGAAGCCCAAGUAUGAGACGAGCAUCUGUCCAGAGGUAGGACUGGCCGCACAGAACUAUCAGUGUGCCGAGUGUAAACUGCCGAUAUCAUUCAAGAACAGCUGGUUGGCCCCGAGGUUGUGUGACUACACUGGCUUGUACUACUGCACGUCGUGCCACUGGAACAACUCCUCUAUGAUCCCGGCACGUGUCGUAUGCAACUGGGACUUCAAGCCUUAUUUAGUGUGUCGUGCGACGUACCAGCUGCUGCGAUACACCAGGAACAGACCACUCCUGCGGCCUGAUCUUCGCCUGUUUGGGUUCGUCAAGGAGCUCGCCGAGAUCAAGCGGUUGCGGGAAGAGCUGUCUCUCCUCAAAGUAUAUUUGGUCCGAUGCCGUGAGGCAAGAGAGGAAAAAAAAGUUCUGUGGAAACUGUUUGGAAAUAGGUCUCAUUUAUUGGAGCCAACUGAUAUAUUUAGCCUUCGAGAUUUUACAGAACUAAAUUCUGGAACAUUGCUGGGACAAAUGAAAACAAUAACCAACGAAUUCACGGAACACAUUACUAAAAAUUGUGCGAUUUGCAGUGGCCAAGGUUACAUAUGUGAGUUAUGUGAUGACAAAGACAACGUUAUCUUCCCAUUCUACAGCAAUGUUCACGUCUGUUCAGAAUGUUCUUGGGUCUACCAUAAAACCUGUUGGCUUAGAACAUUGACGUGUCGAAAAUGUGAGCGAAACAAGAGGAAAUCGCAAGAGAAUCUUGACUCCAAUGCUCCGUCAGCUGAUUUAACUAUUGACAAUACACCUUCACUGAUUUAAUCAUGGGAAAAUAAGAGUUUACAACUGCAGAUCAUGUAUGAACACCCACUAAGUCAUAAAAUGAAAAUUACGUAAAUUACAGUAUUAUGUCCUUGUGAAUCCUAGACCAGCUCGUUAAAUUAUUUAAGCGUACAGUCCAAAAGUAGGCGACCACAAAAGUGACACCAUAUUCAUAAUAAUGCUAUUCUUGGAAUGAUUUUGAGACAUUUCAAUGUUUUUAUAAACUGUUUACUUGCAGACAAGGAUUUUAGGAUCGGCCUCUAAAGUGUUUUGUACUUAACAGUUUUCAGAAGUAACUAUGCUGAAAAAAAAAAACAUUAUGGUCGCUGGUUCUCAGAGUGCCAUACCCUGUUUCCUCGUAAGGUUUAAUAUUAAUCUAGUUAAAGCUUCUACCACUGAGUAUUUUCUUUAUGUGCAAUAAAUAUAUUUUAUCUACUGUUUUA